AUGGGGAACCUUGGGAUGAUUUUAUUAAUCACAAGCAGUUCGCACCUGCACAUCCCUAUGUACUUUUUCCUCUGCAUAUUGUCCUUCAUAGAUGCAUGCUACUCUUCUGUCAUUGCUCCCAAAUUACUGGUGGACUUGGUUUCUGAUAAGAAGACAAUUUCUUACAAUGGCUGUGCUACACAGCUCUAUUUUUUCUGUUCGUUGGUUGAUACAGAAUCUUUCCUCUUGGCUGCCAUGGCUUACGACCGGUACAUAGCAAUCAGCAACCCACUGCUUUAUACUGUUAUCAUGUCCAGGAGAAUUUGUGGCCAGUUUGCAAUGGGAGCUUUUUGGGGGGGCACCAUGAGCUCCAUUAUUCAUACCACUAACACCUUCCACCUCUCUUUCUGCUCCAGAGAAAUUAACCAUUUCUUUUGUGAUAUCUCCCCAUUAUUUUCACUGUCCUGCACUGACACAUAUAUGCAUGACAUUGUUCUAGUGGUCUUUGCUAGUUUGGUUGAAGUUAUCUGUCUUUUAACAGUUCUUCUCUCAUAUGUCUUCAUCAUAGCAGCCAUUCUUAAGACAGGUUCUGCUGAGGGAAGAAAGAAAGGCUUCUCCACUUGUGCCUCCCACCUGAUCGUUGUCACUAUCUACCAUGGUACCUUGAUCUUCAUUUAUUUGCGCCCCAGCACAGAUCAUUCACUGAAUGUCGACAAAGUGGCCUCUGUGUUCUAUACAUUGAUAAUACCUAUGUUGAAUCCCCUGAUUUAUAGUCUAAGGAACAAGGAUGUCAAAAAUGCCUUUAGAAAACUUAUCAGUUGAAAAUUGCUUUCUUAAGAAAGGAUGAAAUAAGACUUGAAAAUGUUUCA